AUGGUCAAAGCAGAUGUUCAUAGGGAUUACUAUGCGGACCUGGGUCUUACGCCUAGCGCAGAGUCAGAAGAUAUAAAAAAGCAGUUCAGAAAACUAGCUCUCAAAUAUCAUCCGGAUCGAAACCAGGGUAGAGAGCUGGAAUUUAUUGCCAAGUUCCAGGCCAUCCAGGCUGCCAAUGAAAUCCUCAGUGAUCCGCAACAGCGGCUGAAAUACGACACAGAUCGGCUGCGCGCUGGGUAUGGGAAGCUCUAUGGGCCUCCCAAACCCAACACGGCUCGAAAAACUGCUCCAAGCAACUACCCUUCCACACCAACGGGGAAAUCUCCGAACGCGAAACAACCGUUUUCUGCGCGUCCUCAGUCUUUCCACGGCGGUCCAUCUACUGGUGCACAGCGGUAUGCUAGCUAUGCCCGAGCGGCUCCGAAGCAACCAUGGGAGAAGGUGCGGGAUGAGGGACAAACCCGUGCUGAUGCAUACCGCGGAUUUCAAGAAAUGAAAGGAAACUCAAUGCCUGGUUGGAACCAGUUCGAUCCCCGCACAGGAAGAUCGGCAUAUUCUGGAGCUACGCCUCGGCCUCAUGCUACAUCUGCUGGCCAACGACCCAAGUCCGCCUAUGAAUACUUCAAAACCUCUCCCAAACCGGCGACAGAAGCUGGCCGUGCUCAAUCUACCCGAAAGAAGCAAGGGUUUGCCCCGCGAGCUGCUGGUGGAGACGAGCCUAUGGCUUCCAACACAUCCUCCUACUCCAAUAUUCCCCGAGGCGAGCGUGCCCAGACCAACAAUCACUUCUUUGGCUCUGCCCCGUCCCCAACCGCAAGGAAGGCAGCCGCAGGAUUUCAGAAUCGAGCGGAGACUCCAAGCACUCCGGAGUUUGAACGGACAAGCAGCAAGUACGCCAGCACCGGAGGCGAGAAGACCUAUUUUUCAAGCACCGGGUUCGCGCGGUCUUCGAGCGUGCGCGAGUCGCCCGAGAGCCCAAAACCAUAUCCACGGACGAAUCCUCCUAGCCCGACGCCUCCAGAUCCUGGUAGGCAUAGAAGUGCCAGCCCCAAACUGAAAACGGACAGAAACCGGAAUUACUCCUCCACAAGCUCAAGUGAUGAUGAAUACGAGAAUACCUAUCCCACACAAAAACCUAAAGCAGUCCCGAAGAGCAGGCUUCACCCCUAUCAAAAGUACUCCCCCCAUCAAAAGUACCCCGACCUUCAUGCACAACAGCAAGGGGGCUCUGCAACUGAAGGCCAUGAUUCCGGCAAUGCAGCUUCACCUGCAAGUAUAUUCGGUACUAACGGCCAGGAGCCUUUCGGAUCCACUGAAGCCUCCAGGCCUAGCGGUGCACAUCAGACGGAGGCGUUCAAAAGUAGUAGUCAUGAUGAGCUAAGGAAGCCGUUCAUCGCAAAUAAUUGGGGAGGAUCCGACUUCUUCAAGCCAAAUCUAUCUGACAAAGACCAGCCCCAAUCAACAACUAGGCCGAGCAGUCGGGGCCGGGCCGCAAGAAGAAACGGCCAAAGCGGAACAGGCAAUUCGGCGGGUAUGCCCACUCAUGACUCGUUACGUUCAGGAUCUUCCUCUCAACAAUAUACCCCUUUUGCCAAAGCAAGUUUUCAUGCGCAUGGCUGGGCCGAGAAAUUAAGAGACAUGCCUUGGGUUAUGCUGACGGAGGACGGAUCCAAGAAGGAACAUUCGGCGGCCAACGUUCAGCGUCCCCGAAGCCCUCGAAAGCAAAAUAAUCGGCCAGGAGCUAAAGUACGAUCUACACCGCAACCAGCAAGUGUCUCCACAGAAGCUGAGGAGGGAAAGCCAACGGUUGACGGAGCUCCCAAACCGAAAUCUGCCAAGACGAGGUUAGAUGAUGGCGAAGCCAUGGAUCUUGAUGAUGAUCCCCCUGCAAAUGGCACGCACGCAGGCACAGAGCCGAAAAAUGCCGCCGAUACUCUAAAGGAGAAUCCUGAACCGAAACAUGGGCCAGCUUCAAGUGGCCCUAGUAAAGAGGAAGCUGAAGACUCGAAGAGCCGGCUAUUUGACUUGAAGAACCUACGAAACACAGCCCCAUUCACACCUUCAAGCACUGGCGGCAUCGAAGAUUUGCAGGAUAUCUACGCGACCCUUCCCUUCGAAUCUCGUGCCAGGGCUUCCAGAACAACAAUGACCGACAUUCGCCCUCGGGAACUCAAUUGUCCCAAUCCACCAAAGCGUCCGGAGCCACCGCAACUCGUACCUGUCAGUGUGGGAUCCCAGCAAGUGGGACUCCAACGGGCUGCAUGGGGCCGGUAUGUUUUAGAGAUGAACACAUACAUGCAGGAGUGGAACACUUUUAACCACCGCAUAUUAAAUCACUUCAAUGCGCGUCAGGAGGCCAUUAAGACGGGGAUGGCACCGAACUGGAUUAGCGCUGUCGGGGAUUCGACGCGCAUCAAAGUCGAUGACCAGAGUGAACAGGAGGGUCGACGAGAUGCAAAGGACGAUGAUGACGAUGAAAAUGAUGACAGGAUAGUGGCAGGUAGCGGUAAAGGUGGUUACAGUGCCUAUCUGCGCGGAUUGGAAGAAGACGCGAAGGUACUGAAGCACUGGGAGGUUGCGCGGGAGUUGCACCGGGAAUGCAUCUUAAAGCUGGGACAGACGCGAGAAUGGAUUUUAGAUGGUGGUAGGCUCAUCUGA